AUGGAGGAGAUCCAGAGGAGGAGCAAGAAGAGAAUAAUGAUGAAGCAAUGCAGCGAGAGCACAACGCAGACGCAGUUGAUGGACCUCCCCUUGGAGAUCCUCCUGGCAAUCCUUUUGAGGCUGCCCACAAGAUCACUGUUUUCUUUGCUUUGUGUCUCUAAGACCUUGCGUAGCUUAGUUGACUGCCCAUCUUUUGCUCACAAGCAUUCAGAGUAUAUCGCUACGUCCAAUUAUGAAGAUUUAGACCCGCCUCAUGUUAUGGUUCUUACCAACUCCCAAUUAAUCACCUUGCAAGCUCAAGAUCCAUUGUUGCCCAUUAACGAAUUUGUCUUUGACAUUUCCAACUCCAUUGGAAACGGAUUCAAUCUAGAGUUUGAGUUUGUUUCGUACGGCUUGCUUUUGUUUAAGGAGAAAGAGGCAAAUCAUGAACUCCUCCUAGUCAAUCCUCUCAGGGGAGAAGUUCUAAAGCUCCCACCACCGCUGCCACACUGCGCCUAUGAAUUGUAUGCUAUGGGAUACGAUGUCAUGACUAGCACCCACAAGAUUGUUCGUCUUUUUGGACCCCGCGGCGACCCGGACCACAUUGUGGUCCAAAUUUAUGUCCUGGGCACAAGCUCCUCAUCGUCAUGGAGACAAAUAUCCUCAGUUCCUCCACUACCUUGUUGUCUAAGCAGCAAAGCCAGUGUGUCUGCAUAUGGAAACAUGCACUGGCUAGUUUAUGUUCUCUCUUCUGAUCUUGAAUUGAGAAUACUUUCUUUUGACUUCAAAAGGGAAGAGUUCGAAUGGACUCCUCAUACCAACUUGCCAGACUUCGACAACCGUAUUGAUAUUCACCUGAUUAAUUUUAGAGGACGUCUCUCCAUUGUUGAUGUUUCUGCAAUUUCAUCACCUCAAAAAAAUGACCAUGACCAAAUUGAGAUAUGGGUGAUGAAAAGUUGCAAAAACUUUACGUGGGAAAAAAAGUACGCCGUAAAAAUCGAUCUUGAUCCUUGUUGCAUGAAACCAUGGGAGACUCCUUCUCAUUUCCUUGGUGUUGGGCCUGGUUCUGUAGGUGCUUGGGAACAUGGCAUCUUUCUCAGAGAUCCUAAAUCUAGAAAUAUGGUUGUGUUUUUGGAUGUCGAUAGUGGUGGCAUCAGAGCCGUACAAGUUGGAUCAUCUUCAAUGAGCGAUUGUGAUGAUCUUAUGCCCGUCGAUGUGUUCAGUUAUACCGGAGGCUAUAUUUCUCUAAGAAAAUAUGGUGACUUGAUGGAAGCAAAGACGGGGGAGGGAAAUUUCUUUUCUGUGGGGAAGAUGAUGCAGAGGUCAAUGUUGCCCAGUUAUUGUUUUGAAAUUGGUAUAGGAGGGUUGAGAAGUAUACAAAUUAAGGUUUAA